UCCAAGGGGCGCUCCCGUACAAGUACAGCGGCCAUUCGUUGGUAAAUGUGAUAUUCCUGCUUCGUUCGCUUUAGGCUACGCAGUUUGCUCUUGCAUUGAUCCCUUUUUAGCAGCUGUCAAUUGCACUGAAAGGUUAUUAAAGCCCACGACAAGUUGACACAGUUUGAAACGGUAGCUAUCCGACGGUCCUUCCUUUAAGCUUUCACAGGGUCUCGUUACCCUUCAUGUCUGUUAACACUGUAACUGGCCCACUCCGGUGCACAUACAACUGACAGAAGCGGAGGAACCGCAACAGUCCGAAACGUUCCGGAAACACUCCGACGCGAAAACACAGAGCUCAGCCUUCCGUAGGCACAUCCUCCAGCAAGGCCAGUCCAGGCCAGUCAGGAGGCUGCAGGGCAAGGCGCGAAGUCAGGGCUGUCAGGCCACGUCCUCAAAGUCCCAGGCUCGAGGUUGAAUCAUAAGGAGGACCGUAAACCAGCGCUGUGGAGGCAGAAUGCCGUGCUGCCUCGUGGGUUUAGGGCUGCCCAGCUUAGCCCCGCCCUAGGCAAGCCCAUCUUCAUGUUGUCAGCGCAACAACCCCCUAUGUAUCCGCAUUCCUUCUUAUACCCGCCUGUCUGCAAGUUAUGUGCCCCCGACUGGACAUGUGGGCCAUCUUUAGAGUAUGCAUUCCAGGAUUGUAUCUCGUGUGGCCGUGCAGAGGAUGAUAGUGCGGGUGGCUGUCACAGCGGCCUACAUGCCAUACAUGCCAUGUAGGGCACUACGGGCAUUCAAGCUUCCAGAGAUGCGCAAACGGAACCUCUUCCGGCAGCUUCGCCAAGGCUGUUCUUCCCUUCGUAUUUCCGCUUCCAUUAUGGAGUCCUCGUAGUUCCCCCUGUAGUUCUGCUUCCAUUGUUGGGUUCCCCUGCCGCCUACACGCGGUGCUUGGAUACCGGUUCCUGAAGAGCAGCUGGGGCUAGCCUGUGUGGCCGGUUCGAUAGAAGCGAAGUGAGCAUUGACCCGAACGGACGUACGAGCGCACUGGCAAACACACGGGCGGGGUGGAAGGACAAGGCCUUCGUUCCUGUCGAAGCUACAGCGAUCGACCCAUGGGGCGGUCAUGUCGCCUUGUUCUCAGGAAUAAGAAGUACUCAGCAGUCUGUUCCUACUCUGCCAUUAAUUCUAGUUUUGUAGGAGGCUUGGUUCACCGUGCUUGGUCGGUCAGUGUUGGUUGUAUGACAAUCCUGGAGCGAAGAGCAUCGCCGAGUCAGCUGCCAUGAACAUUUACGGCCUGUCACGCAGCGAAAAAGGCAGUUCACGACGACGACCCGUUUCAUGCUUAGGCCUAUAACAACUCUUUCAUUAGCCAGGAUGGAAAUCGACGUCGAAACCUCAGCAGGGCUGUCUUGGCCCGACCUCUCGGUGUCUGUUUUGUCACACGUAUUUGGAUUUCUAGAUGUGGAGAGCUUGAGGAAGGUUUGCUUGGUUUGCAAGGAUUGGCGCGAUGCAGGUCUUAGCGAGCCUUUAUGGCAAGCGCUGGCGCAGCAGAUGUGGCCAGAGCACACGCUCAUUAACGCUUCCUACGGGGGCUCAUUCCGGCGUCUGGUCCUCAAUCGCAACGCCCGCAACGCGGUACCCGCCCUCAACCUCCAACUGCAACCGCACCAACCGCAACCUCCGCCCGACCAGCAGCCCGCCGAGCAGCUGCUGCCUCAGCCCCCCCGUGAGCAGCCCCCUCCGCCACCAGCCGCAGCCCCCGCCGACUGCAGCAGCUACUGGCGCGCCAACUCCUCCCUGCGCUUCUACCGCUGCCGCCUGAUGCACUUGGAGAUGCAAGCCGCCGCCACACCCGUGGGGCCGGCGUUCCUGAGGCUGUACUUCGACGCCCGAGGUGAGAGAGACCUGCGCAGCCCCCGGCACUCCUCACUCGCCGUGGUACGACUCCGGGAGCAGCCGCCGCAGCAGCAGCCAACCAACCGCGUCACGGCAGCAGCAGCAGCAGCAGCGGCGGCGGCAGCGGUGCAAGGGGGCGCAGAAGGGCCCCUGCAGCCUUACCAGCAGCAGCACCCGCAGCCGCCGCAGCAGCACCCUCUGGGAGUGCUGGGAGGCCUCAUUGGGGCCUUCCGCUGGGGGGGCGGUGGGGUCGGAGGGGCCCAUAACGAGAGGGGCGAAGACGAGGACGAGGACGAGGACGACGUGGAUGGGAAUGCGGAUGUUGGGGAUGCAAGUUCAGACGAGGAGGAGGGCGCACGCGGGGGUCCCGACCUGCGCGCGCUGGAGCUGCGGGGCCUGCGUGUCCCCAACCCGCUAGCCUACCUCCUGCAGCGAGGCGGGCAGCAGCCGCCCCCGGCCCUGCCGCUGCCGCUGCAGCAGCAGCAGCAGCAGCAGCCGCCCCCGCAGUGGCAGCAGCAGCAGCAGCAAGCCCCGCUGCCACAUCCAGGCCAUGCCGCAGCACCCGGCGAUGCCGGCGCUGCGGGCCCUAGUCAACCGCCACAGCAGCAGGCGCCACUGCAGCAGCAGGGGCAGCCGGAGCCGCCACAGCAGCAGCAGCAGGCGGCAGCGGCACAAGGGGGCGGUGGCGGCCUGAGGGCUCCCUGCUCGCUGCCCCUGCGCCUGGGCCCCAGCAGGCAGCUGGGAGUGUUAGUGCCGGGGCAGCGCGCCUCCGCAUGCUGGCUGGCGGAGGAGGCGCCGGGGAACUACAAGGGCUGUCUGGAGUGGAGCGGUCCGCCCCUGCUGCGGCUGCUGCGGGCGCUGCAGACCGACCCAAGGGCCAUGCUGGUCUUCGUGUACGCCAACGUGCUGACGGACCUGGGCUACACCGGCUACAGCAACCCCGACUACGCACCGGCGGUCGUCCUGGGGCCCCGCAUGGCGAGCGGGGAAGCAGCAGCAGCGGCGGCAGCAGUAGGGCAUGCAGGCGGCGGCAGCAGCUUUGCGGCGGAGUGGCGACGUACGGCAACGACGUACCACGCACCAGGUGAGCUGCUGGAGCGGUUGGCAGCUGAGCGCCCCGGGUGCAGCCAGGAGGAGCGGGACCGCUGGGGGGACCUGCCGGAGGAGCUGAGGGGCAGGCGGGACGGCUGGUGGGCGGAGGAGGCGUGGCAGGCCCGCAGGACGGCGGCGGCAGCGAGGGCGGCAGGGGCGGGGGUGGGCGAGUUGCCCCGGUUCAGGUGGUUCACGUGGGAGGAGUCAGGGGGCAUGUGGGACUAGGGCAGCGUGGGGCAGCAGGCGCGGUAGCUGCUGUGUGUUUCCUGGAUUGGAUCUGGGAGAGGGUUUGUAGCCGCGUGGGUAGAUGGGCGGAGCCGGCGGAUGCGGACUGGGAUAGAGGCAGCAGAUGUGUACGGCACCGCAGCAUGUACGGCAGGGGCGUUGGUGUUGGUGUAGCAAGGGCAGUUGGCUGCGGCCGCAAAGCAUGCAGUGCUGGUGGGGGGGCUGGUUGUUGGCAGUUAGUAAAAAAAUAGAUGGACUUUUGUCACGAUUGGACUCGUAGUUGUCGGCUUUAGUUACACAUGGCGUGCUUCGUCGACAUACAUUUAGUCAGAGUUAAGAUACUGAGAAUGCGCAUGCUAGUGCUGGGUCAUGUCUCAUGUGGGCAAGGUCGGUACUCGGCAACGAGUAGGAACGAUUCAGGAACCGGCCCUGCCCGUUACGUAUUCCACUUGUGGUAGAGGCUGUGCUUACGUUUUCCUUUUGUACUUUGGCUUUGGGCUAUCCAAGGAUAGGAUCCAUUGUAGUCGGGCCUUUUCUUGGCAACAAUCAACUUUCGGUAGACUGCUACUUCUCUGCAAUGAAUAAACUGUCAACAACAUAUUCAUCUACAUACAGCGAUUUGGGAACGCCCCACGUUGCACAACCUACAACUUCUGCAUGGUAACCGAAAGCCCUAACGCUAAGGCAAAUUACACCCAAGCACAAGCACGCGUGUGCUCACGCGCCCCCAAGUCGCGACGGCAGUACCCACCGUGGCCUCAUCACAACCGCGUGUACCCACCACACGACAGCCAUGGCAGCCUGCCCCCUCGCCCGCUGCUGCCACACGGCCCCUACCUCCGCCUCCUCAGCCUUCCCUGGCGGCUUACCCUCUCAUCCUUCCCCGGCCCGCUUUUCCAUGCUUUCCCAACACCUCCAGCCCCACACCGCCGCUCCCAACCUGCGCACCCUAGCACCCAAUGCGCGGAGUCAGCAGCCCGGCUUGCUGCGAGGGAAACCACCGUCGGGCAGAAUGCCUUCAGGCCGCCGAUGCGGUGUUACGCCUCGUGCGUUGCCAUUUCCGUUAGAAGCAACGGCAACGGAGCACAACGGCCUGGCAGUUGCGGCAACUGCUAUUGGGCAGCUGUUGUUGUUGGGUAUUCCCGCCUCCGUAAUGUUAGAUGAGGUGCUGGAUGCAGCUGCACCCAGAGUGAACGGUAUUACUAAUGCGGAGUCUACAGGCGGCGUGCGGCUGUUUGUGGCCCGACCCUCCGACGCAAGUAGGGAAACAGCUGCUGAUGCGGAUGAUGGCUGUGCUUGUGGCAGCAACAGCAGCAGAGGUAGGACUAGCAGUAGCACUUACGCGGGCAGUAGCACCAGCAGCGCCAGCAGCGGUAGCGGGAGGGAGGCAGCAGCAGCAGUAGUACGACGGCCCGGGGUGGUCCUGAUCCACCAGAUCCUGGGCCUGCAGCCUCGAGAGGUGGAGCUGGCUCGCGUGCUAGCAGCUCAGGAGGGGGUGGUGGCGGUGGCGCCGGAUACCUUCCGCGGGCAGUCCACUGGCUGGCCGCUCCGAGCCCUCGCUCUGGGCUGGAAGUACGCGCUGAGGGGCGGCGCUAGCUGGGGGGUGGAGGCGGUGCAUGAGACAGUGACAUGGCUCAAGUCCCAGCCCGAUGUUGAUCCAGAUCGCAUAGUAGUGGCUGGAUUUUGCUACGGCGGGGGAUCUGCCGUACGGUAUGCUGCGGCGUACCCGGGCCAGGUGGCGGGAGUGGCUAUCUUUUACGGCAGGCCAUUACUGGAGACUAGCGAGGUUGCCAAGUUAGGCAACUCUCCGGUAUUGGCCAUGUACGGCAGUCGCGACUCGCAGUUCCCGCAGCCCAUGCUCGACAAAUUCAAGGCGGAUCUGGAGGCUGCAGGUGUGCCGUACCGUCUGGAAAUGUUUGAGGGAGAGGGCCAUGCGUUCGUACGGGACUGGACUGCCGUACAAAGGGGAGGCGCAGCGGGCCGGUCGUGGAAGUUGUUCCGGGAAUUUGUACGGCAGAUUGCGAACACAUCGGCUGCUGCAGCACCCGCCGGUGGUGCAAGUGGUGGCGCUGCUGGGGGUGGAGGGAGGUCGCUGGCGGCGGCGAAGUCAGCCCUGCAGGAGCCGGGUAGCUGAGGAUUGAUAAGUCUGUCGGGGCCAACCGUUACCGAACCGACGACCAGCCCCGACAAGCCGACCGCAGAACUAGCGUGCUUAAAGCAGGAGGAGGACGGGAACAGUAUGUGGGGUUGACCUGUUGGCGUUUGAAGCGUUGCAGGCACCCGACCUCUCAUGCUGUGGUGCAACGCACUAACGGAACCAUGCAGGCCCCGCAUGCAACUGCAAUGAGCCAUGCUGUACCUGGCAUGAAGUGGGUGCAUGGCAUGACAAUGUGUUGUUGGAUCCGGGUCCUUGCUAAGGCACGCUAAGACGUUAGGUAGUACGUCCUGCCCUGCUAGUUAUCGUAACAAUGGGAGUGCUUGGGGCUGCCAAAUAUUUAAAUCUAUACCUUUUCAAGGAGGCUAUAUCCUAUAUGCAGACGUUCUGCAGAGGUGCAUGUGAGCGGGCCCGUGGUUCACCUGUAAGCGAACGCGGGCCUGAACCUCGGUUUACCAGCACGUACCGUGUACGUUAAAAGAGUGCUUCAAAGCGCAGCUCUGAAGGACUGUUUAUGGGCGACAGGACUACAGUACCGAUGCUGGCGAUCUCAGGACAACUGCAGUGCACGGAAAGGGAAGCCCGUUGCGGAAACUCCAAGCCAGCAACCACUGGAAUAAUUUUAGCCUUUUAACAUGCCCAAGGAGUUGAGUUGACACCUGUGAGCAAGGAUCUUGGCGUUUUUUGCUGCGCCCGUGAAACAGUUUGCGCCAACUGUACCCGUGAACUGCACGGCAGGAGACUUUCUUUCACGCCUUCCGGCCUUCCGCUUGCCUGUUUUACAAGAACCAUGCAGUUUGGCUCAAGUUCUAUGCAUCUGAAUAAUUAUAUGAAAGCGAAUCCUGUUUAACUCCAACUGCUGCUUGCUUUAUCAAGCUUCGCCGUUCUUCCUCGCUCGCGUCUUUCGAUUAGCUGUGACAGGCACAACUUCCUUCCAUUGCCAGGGCUGCCUUCCAUUCGAGGACGCACCUAAGCAAUAUUCUGCAGCAUAUGUUUGCCUCGCGCCCUCUGUCAUCCCCUGUUGGCCCACCGCGGCGAAGGAUCGCGCCC